GCAGCAGGAGCGGCAGCAGCGUGCCAUCCCUUUCGUGACUCCGCACCAGAUGCGGUUUACUCCCGGCGGCGCGCAGUUGAAUGCGGGGGAUCGAGAAAACAAGAGGAGCGUUUAGUGUGUGGAAAGACAUUUAAAGAGAGUGGCGAAAUGGAGAAAGAAGUGAAGCGACACUAUCGCACGACAGCGCUGAACAUCAUCUCGUCUUUAUGUUCAGUGGCGUCCAUCGCGUUCUGCGUCCAUCUGAGCAUCAGCGCGGCAGACAUCACGAGCCGAGUUGUGGGUUUGGAGAGCGGGACGUCGGAGCGCACCUUCAUCCAGGUCCGCGGAUACUCCAUGGAGGAUUUCAAUUCUCUGGUGCAGCAGAGAGUGGAUGAGUUGCUUUCUCAGCGCUCUUAUGAGAAUUUCGCCAAGAUCAGGACGGCAAGACAAGCCUCAGCUGACUGUAACUGCCCCCCAGGACCUCCUGGAAAGAGAGGAAGGAGAGGCCGUGACGGAGAACCUGGACCUCCUGGUCCUCCAGGUCCACAGGGAGAAAAGGGAGAUCAAGGUGACCAGGGACCACGGGGAUUGCCUGGUCUCCCUACGCUGGCUGCUUUGCACAGCAAUCAGAUCCUGACUGUCAAGAUGGUCUUCCCAAAGAUCAAUCAUGGCUUUCUUUCCGCUGACCAGCAGCUCAUAAAGCGUCGGCUGAUUAAGGGAGAUCAAGGCCAGGCAGGACCACCCGGGCCUCCAGGCCCACCUGGCCCUCCAGGACCAAGGGGCCCUCCAGGGGACACUGGAAAGGAUGGACCCAGAGGUUUGCCAGGUCUACCAGGUGAUCCAGGCCAGCCAGGAGAAAUUGGACUCAUGGGACUUGAGGGGCCUCAGGGGCCAAAGGGUUCACUGGGGUCUCCGGGUAUCCCUGGAACAGAUGGACUGAAGGGAGAUGUUGGCAUCCCAGGACAGGACGGAAUCCCAGGGGCCAAGGGUGAAAAGGGAGAACAGGGUGAAAAGGGCGAUAUGGGUGAAGACGGACCGAAAGGUGACAUGGGCGAGAAGGGUGAUGCAGGCUCCUCUGCAGCAGGCAUCAAGGGCGAACCAGGAGAACCUGGACGGAGUGGACAGAAGGGAGAGCCAGGACUUCCAGGGCUGCCUGGACUCCCAGGGAUAAAGGGUGAGCCAGGAUUCCUCGGCCCCCAGGGAGAACCAGGACUUCCAGGACUCCCAGGAACUAAAGGUGAGAAGGGUGACCACGGACCAGCAGGAAAAGGUGAUCGAGGAGAAAUCGGACCUGCUGGGCCAAAGGGUUCACAAGGAGAAUCUGGUAUGCCUGGACCUAAAGGGUCAAAGGGGGAUAUUGGAGAUAAAGGAGAUUUGGGAUCUAUUGGCCCAAGAGGUCCUCCCGGGCAGAAAGGAGACAGAGGAGCCACUGAAAUCAUUGACUACAAUGGAAACAUCGAAGAAGCUCUGCAGAGGAUUACCACUAUUACAGUCACGGGUCCUCCUGGGCCACCUGGACCAAUAGGACCACCAGGCUUUAAGGGAGAUCGCGGUCUGCCUGGUCUUCCUGGACUCGAUGGGGAGAGAGGUUAUAAAGGUUCCAAGGGAGACAUGGGAAUGCCCGGAGCGUCAGGGGAGAAAGGAAGCACUGGUUUAACUGGCUUACCUGGCGUUAACGGAGCAAAAGGAGACAAAGGAGAUCCAGGACUUCCAGGUCCACAAGGUCCAUCUAUAACUGGCCCUCCAGGGCCACCAGGACCUCACGGGCCCUCGGGACCCAUGGGACCCCAUGGCUUCCCGGGGCCUAAGGGAGAACCUGGUUUGCACGGACUAAAGGGCAUGAGAGGGGAACCGGGACACAAAGGAGAUCGUGGACAUAUGGGUCUCCCUGGAGCCUCCGGCUUGGACGGCAAGCCCGGAAUUAGGGGCACAGACGGGCCUCCGGGUCCAGCUGGACCGGCCGGGCCGAAGGGUGACAUUGGUGAGAAAGGUGCAUCAGGUGAGCCGGGACCUCGAGGACCUUAUGGACUACCUGGAGCCGCCGGAACGCCAGGUUUGGAUGGUUUACCUGGAUUAAAAGGAGAUAAAGGCGACGAUGGGGGGAGAGGAGAAAAGGGGGAGAAGGGAAAGAAGGGCAAAAAAGGGCCUAAGGGCGAGAAAGGAGAACAGGGUGCCCCAGGAUUAGAUGCACCCUGCCCAUUGGGUCCGGAUGGAUUACCAAUGCCUGGUUGCUGGCAGAAGUGAUCACUCUAACCUGAAACGCAUGGAGUUUGUAAAUAAUGCUUCUUUUAUGGUAUUUAUAGUUUUUUAAUGGAAAAAAAAAGGAGUCAAAAAGAAAUAAGUCUAUGUGUGCAACAAUACAAAAGAAAAAAAAAGAUAACCGUCUGUAAGCUGCUUCUACUCACAUCGCUGUGUGGAAACAAAAACACGUGUGUGCGUCCCGCUGUCUCACAUCUGCUUCAUGAUGGAGUUCAGAUCCUCGGCUGCCGGCAGAACUCGUGUCUUUAGGUUUUUGCAUGGCUCGGACUGGAGCGUGGCAGCCCCGCCAGAUCCUAAGGGUUGGAAGGAGUGAGACGAGAAGAAGUGGAGUUGGGAAGUGGAGGAAAUGGGAUCUGGAUUGGCUUCUUAACACAAAACGCUAAGUGUCGUGUGCUGUUUUGUCUCCAUGAGCUCACCAACUAUUCAUGCGGCACCAUUUGCUCAAAGACUAAAAAAACAUUCGAAAAGGGAAAAAAAGACUGCACUGAGCUGACUGAACAUUGCUUUUCCCCCUCAAGCCCCCAUCCCUUGAAAAAGCAUGAGUAGUGUACUAUAUUUAAAUGUAAUGUACAUACAUGUCACUGUUAUGUGAUUGUUUCAUAAUUUGUGUGGGAAAAAAAAAUCUGAAAAAUCAAAAGGCCCAAAGCUCUGAAAUGGUAACUUUUUCUUCCCUUUUAAUCUUCUUAAGGGAGUCACACCGUGGCUUGUAGCCUGAGUGCCCUCCUUCCCCUUCUGAGAGUAAAGGUGUCAGUACAUUUUUUUUUUUUGCUUUAUUUGUGGCGAGGCCUGCCGAGCGAACAGUCUCGUAAGGCUUUUGCUGUUGCACUCAAGGGGCUCGACAUCGUCAGUGCGGCGCUUCCUCAGGGUCGCGUAUCUCUGGACAAGAGUCUUGGCAAGAGUCUCUGCACUGGCAAGAAAACCAAUCAGUGUCACGCAGUUUGGAUUGGAGCCUGGACAGGCGUGCUUGGUGAGCACGGGAAUGGAAAUGGAUUCUGCAGGAGAGUCGCUCAUCGUUCACCCUGUGAGAUGAAACGGGAGACGCUUCGAGAUCUUCUGAGAACGUUGAUAGAAUGCAGUUGUGAUGUUUUUCUUUAUUCAUUUUUUAUUAUUUUAUUUGAGUUUUUUUUACACAUCAUUUGUAUUUUCUGUAAUAUAGCCUUUGGUGCCUCAAGCUUUUAUUCAUUCCUUUAUCAAAAAAGUUUAUACUUUAUUUUAAACCAUUUGGUUGGUGUUUAUUUCAAAAUGAAGGAGACAUUUUGUUUGGGAAGGACUGAAAAGACGUUGCGCACUGUUUUUGUUUUGAUAUGUUUUGUCUUCACCGAGAAUAACUCCGUCUGGUUAUCAGUAAGUUGGCAUUGAUUUCAACCAUAUGUCCACUAAAGCUGCUUAGUGUUUGCAUAAAACAUUGUGGCAGUGAAUGGAAGUAGCUGAAAGUGUUACUUUUAGCAACUUCCCUGGAAUAACUCACAAACGUUGUUCCAGGGACAUCUCCUCUCACACAACUCAAAUUCUCCGAGUUUAUAAGUUACUCUUGGUAUUGAAAACUCGCUUGCAAAUAUGCUGAAGUUGUGAGAGAUCUCGUGUACAGUGUGGUCAAGUUUUCUGCAUGAACACCGUUUAGAAAAUGUAGAUUUAAAAAGAAAACUGUAAUUUUUGAUGGAGUGUAUCCAAAGGCUAUUUAAAUCCAUUUAAGGUCUAAAGUAGAAAAGGUUAUUGUCAACAUAAUAGUCUAUAGCAAACUUCUUUACACCUAUAAAUCUUCUAUAUUGUCUUACAUACUGUAUGUGGUGACAAUAUAUAUAUUGAAGUACAGGACAUUAAUCAUCUUCCACGAACACCAGUCUGGCCAGUUAUGUCACAUUCCUCACCACAUGGAGCAAACAUUGUCAGAAUUUAGGAUUUAUAUUUAUUUUAUCACACAAGUCCAUUUACCUUUUCAUAUUUGCAGCAUUAAAAUGACUUAUUUUGACAAUGUAGGUGCUAUGCAAGGCAAUAGUUUUUGUCUUCUUCAUGUAUAGUGCAUUUCACAAGUAUUAAAAGCCCUUCUCGUAUUAUUACAUUUUGAGUUGUAACAACUAAAAUCUUUAAUAAAUUUCAUUGGGGUUUGUUGUAAUUGAUCAGAGCGAAGUAGUGCAUAAUUGUGAAGUAGAAGGUAAAUGGUUUUCAUUGGGGGGUUGUGGAAAAAAAAGGAGAUAAAAGUUUGAAAAGUGUGGUUUGCACAUGUAUUUGGGAUCCUAAUUGAAUUUUUUGUUGAGCAACCCUUCUUCUAACAUAGUGACAUCUAGAAUAGAGCUGCACAAUAUGAAAAAAAUCGAGCAUAUCAUUUGUGUGUAGUGUGAACAUCCGCUCUUGUCCAACUAGCUAAAUAGUUGGCAAGUAAAACACAACUUCGUAACUUCCUUUGGAACAUAUUAGCCAACAAUUAUUGCACUCUAGACGGUCAUUUCCAAUAUGAGUAUUACACACACUGAUCUGGUGAUGACAAUAUGUUUGUGAUUUAUUGUGCAGCCUUAAGCGAUACCCUGAUUGCUCUUUUCAGAAUAGCAUAGAGAUUAAAUUAACAGAUUACGUAUCGUAGCAAAACUAGCUAAAUACAUUUUAUACAGCACAUUUCAAAGUAUAGAUUUGGAAAAAGCAAAUGUAGAAUACUAUGUGGCAUGUAUCCACUCAAAAGUUAGGCACUGCUUUGUGUUGAUUUAUCACAAAAUAUGUUUCAUCCCAAAAAUAUUGACGUUUGUAAUUGUAACAUGACAAGAUGUGAAAGAGUCCCAGGGGUGUAUAAACAUUUGCAAGGCACUGUACAGUCAGAUCUUAACCAUUUACUGUAGGAGCAGAUGUGGUAACAGCAGGUCGAUCUGUGAGAAUGUUUCUGUUUAACUGUUCAUCUCAUCAUGACAAAGAGUGGAUGCACAUCUGUACAAACCAUUUCUUUUCAAUCAUACCAGCAGCUACAGCUAAAAAAAAGAAAAAAAGAAGCAGAUUUCUUUACAGCUGUUGGGGGUUUAUGUUUGUCUAAAAUAGGAGGGUUUUUUAACAUUUAUUUGUGUAUUUGUUUCAGUAUUCUAAGUGGCGCAUUAUUUAUUUUUCUACAGUUUUCUUUUUGUAAAUGAAGGCAUUUUGUUGGGUUCUGAGCAGCAUUCCUUUUUAGUUUCUGAUGCCAGUUUUUGUGUUGAUAUGACGGAACUUUAAGCUCAUAAUGAGGCAUCAUAAAACAAAUCUGCAAAUGUAACAUUGGUAGAAAUUGAGAGGGCAUUUGCAUGUUAUUGUAAUGUGUACUUAAUGUGCAUUUACGUCAAUUUAUAGGCCUUACAUCACACGAGUACAUCUGCUUUGUCACUCUUUGUGUGUCAACUAUGACGACACACCAAUUAUAAAUUCAUGACGGCCUUGUCUCACGCUUUUUUUUUUUUCUUUCUUUGUCUCUUUACAUUGAAUGUAGUUUGAUAUAUAUGUAUAGUGGAAUAUUAAUGUACUGUUGAGAUGUGCUCAUUUGAUAUAAAGUGCAAUUUAUACUUUGGUUCAUGCGUGUAGCAUCAAAUGCUGCUUAACUAUCACACUACAGUGGUUUUCUUUAGCUUCAUUUGUUCAACCCUGUAUACCACUACCUGGAGACAUGGAGGGAUAUGUAAACACAGACUUUUAAUUAAAUCUUAAUUUACAGGAUUUUUGUUUCAAUCUCUUUUUUCAAUCGAUAUUUGUGUCAACAUUUAAUAGUUUGUUAGUUAGUUUGGUAAUUAUUUUUUUGUUUUGUUUUGAUUACCAGCCUUUGUUUUAGUACAGCUUUUGUUCUCAUAAGGUGCUGUAACUUUAGAAUGUGCAGCUGUUUUUUUUAUUUUUAUUUUAUUAAACAUGGUUUGCUUGAGUUUGGUGUUAAAGUUUCACAUUUAGUUUACUAAGCUAGACAUAAGUGCCAAAAUAUAUUAACUAUUGACUUCCUAUUGAGCUGCACAAUUGGUACUAAUAGGAUGCUUUGAAUCUAUAAUGCUGUGCUGCACAAAAGCCUCUUGCUUAAGGUUCCUCUGAGGCAGACUUUUUCAAUUCUGGUCCCCAGGUACACUAUUCUGCAUGUUUUAGAUGUUUCCUUGCUUUAAUAAAAAUAAUAGACAAUGGGAGUUCUUAAAAAAAAAAACUGUUAAUCAGCCAUCAAUUGAAAUCAUGUGCGUCAAAGCAAGGAAACGUCUGAAACGUGCAGGGCAGUGUACCUUGAUAGCCAGUGUUGGAGAAGCACUGUACUAAAAAUUAGGACAGUGUUUCUAACUCUGAAUGGCAUGUGAACUGAUCAAAAAUUUGUCCUUUUGAUACUUUUUUUUUGUUUUAUUACCAAAAAACCUUUUUUCUUUUCUUUUCUAGUUUGGAGCAGAUUUAUUUCCUAAGUUUUCCAAGGUGUCUUUUUUCUUAGUUUGGCCCCUAGAAACAGUCAAGAAGAUAAAUAAGUGACGUUGGGUAUAUUUACCACAUUUGGACUUUGUUAAAUUUACUUUAUCUUGGUUGUGGAGGAAAACUUUCAGCUGGAUGGUUGUCAUUCACACUACAGCGCCUCUUGUGGCAAAAAGAAUUAUAACAUGCAGAAAAGUUGAUGUGAAUAAAAUCCCACAUUCACUGAAAAGACUUAUUUUUGUUUUCUAAAACUAAAUUAAAAUAAAUAAUUUAUAAAGUUUUAAACACAAUAAGAAAAUCAGAAGUGAUCACAUUUGAUAUUCCUUAAAUCUGUUUGCAUGUGGCUUUUAAGGGCAACUGAAAGAUGAACUAAAAUAGUUAAAACAUUUUGUCUGCCAGUAUGUCUUUGGUAUAUUGAAAAAAAAAAUACUGAUUAGACUAGAGGACACAGGGAAGUGCAAACAUUAUUUUCCACUGAUCCAAACUUUCCAAGUGAAAAAGCAGACACAAGACAAAAGAGUUGCAUCAACAAUGUUGUUGCUGCUGCAUUAAUGUUUAAGCACAGGGAUUUUCUUGGAUCAACAAAAAUUCUUAAGCCAAAUUGAAAGAGCAAAUUUGUCAUGUAUCUUAAUUCUGGUUUUGUUUGCGUAACUCAAACAAAAUGUUUGAGUUAUUGGACAUGUUUUUUAUGAUAUGUUUUUCUUUCAGCCUUGUUUCUUUUAUUGAUGCAAUACCAACUUUAUCUACAUUUCUUGAUCUCACAUUCUGUAUUUUAAGCUGAUAUUUCAUGUGACUGUGCUGUUGGAGGAAAAUAAACCGUCUUUUAAGUA